AUGUUGCGCCCGGCAACACCUUUGACAGUGCUGCUCUCCGCGGCCUUCAUCCUUCUCUUGCUCGCCGUUCUCUCGACUCCCAUCAUUCCACCUGUCCCUCUAGGUCAUUUCAAUGGCUUCAACCUUGGCGUGUUUGGCUGGUGCGGCCCAGAUGGCUGCACCGACAUCCAAGUUGGUUAUGAUGUUGGUGAUGAACUCCUCAAUUCCACGGACUUUCAGCUCCCCGCGUCGACCCGAUCGACCCUUACAUACCUUCUCAUCGUCCAUCCCGUGGCCGCCGUGAUCACUUUGAUCAUGCUAGUUCUUGCUGUCAUCGCUCACUUCCACAAGGCUGCCCACUCGGCUGGGUUUUUGCUCGUCCUGUUCUUGGUUGGCAUCGUCGACUUCCUCGUCUGCCUGCUCUGCUUCCUCGUCGACGUCCUUGUCUUCGUGCCCCACAUCGCCUGGGGCUCAUAUGUGGUACUCGCUGCCACCAUCCUCGUCGCGCUCAGUGGCCUGGUUUCCUGCGCUAUGCGUAGAACGGUUGUCGGCAGGAAAGCAAGGGCUAAGCGCAUUGCUCAGAAUGCCGAGAUGAGCGGCGAGAACUACUAUAGGCGCCAGGCCCAGGCAGCGACUCUCCCUGUUACUGCGGCAGCUCUUGAGCCGACACUGCCUGUAGUUAGCGGUGCUAAUGGCGGCCCCGACAGCCUCCCGCAAUUCGCGUCUUUCGAAAAGAAGGAUGACCGCGUUAGCGACGAGAGGAUUCCUUUAACCUCCCGAAGCCCUUCGAACGACCAACCUCCUGCUGCCUUUCCCUCCGAUCAAGGCUCUACAACCUACGUAAACGAUCCAACUAACCCCUCUGACAUUCCUAUGCGCUCAAUGUCUACCACUCCCAGCAUCCGGAGUGGCUAUGGAAGCCCGCCGCCCCCACAGGACGGCUAUCCGAUGAGAACGCCAUCCUACGAUAGGAUGAACACCCCUCCAGUGCGAGGAGGCUAUCGCGGCCGCGGUGGCUAUCCCGGUCCCGGGAGAGGUGGCUACAACGGCUAUGGCCCGCCGCCGUCGGGUCGUGGAGGAUACGGCCCUCCUGGUAGGGGCGGGUACGGACCCCCACCGGGCAACAGAGGAGGGUAUGGCUCGCCGCCGCGUGGCGGCUACGGGGGACCGGGCAUGCGGGGACGUGGUGGUCCUCCUCCGCCAGGCUAUCCGGGCCCUCAGGGCUCCUUUGACCGGCGUCCAUCCGCCGGAUCCUAUAAUCCAGGACCUGGAUCUUUCGGCCCCAUGCCUAUGCGGGCAUCGCCUGCCCCGAUGGGCGGUCCUGGCUACACGAACCGCUCAGGUUCCAACGCCUCUAACGGCGGCUACACGCCAUACAGCCCCGACAACGAUGACCUUCCUAGGGCAGAGUCGCCGCCGCCUAUGCCGGGACUUGAUGACAACAUCCCUCCGCCACUUGGGCCUGCUGAACUGGACGGCACGCCCAGCAGUAACCUGCCACAGGGGUCUCAAAGCGGGCCUGGGCAGUACGGCACACGCGAUAAUGAUGCUGGGUUGCCAACUCCUCAGCCACCCAGGCCUAUUGAUCGCCACAUGAGCGGCGCAAGUAGAUACAGCGAGGAUGACCCGCCGCCGCAACCAUCGUCGACGGUCCCGCCAGCCGGUGAGUACUACGAGGAUGUCGACCCCCGUUUUGCGGAUCCUUCUCCCCCUCCUCCUGCAGAUAUAAUUAUCCCUAUGCCCCCAGGAGUCCGUACGGUGGCCCCGGAGGAGCUUAAGAGGCCUGGUUCCAAUCUGGACGCAGAGAAGCGAAAAUAA